AUGGUUGGCAUCGAUGCAAGAAAUAAAAGUAUUCUUGAUACGAAAUAUAUUUGUCCUACAUGUUCAUUGAUACUACAAAAUCCUAUACAAUUACCCGAUUGUGGUCAUCGAUUUUGUGAAACAUGUUUAAAUACAGAACAAAAAAUGACAAUUAAAUGUCCACAAUGUCAAGCAGAAAUACUACGAAGCGACAUUAUCCGUGCUAAAAUAGAAGAUCAUUAUUUGACUCGACAACAUCAACAUGCCAUACUCACAGUUGUCCGCCAAUUGUUAGCGCAAUUAAACGAUAGACAAAUAGAUAUUGAUCUUCCUCGAACAACAACUGCAGGAGCUGGUAAUUCUAUUACGGUUCAAUUAGAAGAGCUUUAUGAAAUGCUCAAUAUCUUGGUAGAUGGCAUCGAGACAUUGACCAAUGAUCAACAAGGUCUAACGAAUGAAUCACUUCAAACGCAAAUGACACUUCCAGUAUUGGCAGAAGAAUUAUCGAAAGUAAAAUUUUCCAUUGAAGAGUCAAACGCUUUUUUGGAAGGAUUCAAACAUAAUCAAAAUAUUCUCAAUCAAGAUUUAUCAUCAUUGCAAGAAAAAAUCAAUGAUUUGCAGUUUGUUUCAUAUGAUGGAAUACUUGUUUGGAAAAUAACAAACUUUCAAGAAAAAAUGAUUGAUGCCAAAUUUGAAAGACAAACAUCAAUUUAUUCGCCUCCAUUUUAUUCAUCUCCAAAUGGUUAUAAGAUGAGAGCUCGUCUUUAUUUAAAUGGUGAUGGAAAUGCUCGCCGUACGCACAUGUCACUCUUUUUUGUGCUCAUGCGAGGUGUGAACGAUCCAAUUCUCAAGUUUCCAUUCAACUAUAAAGUCUCGUUUUGUUUGUACGAUCAAACGCCUGCACAACGACAUAUUAUUGAUUCAUUUCGACCAGACGUUAAAUCGAGUAGUUUUCAGCGACCGCGAUCGGAUAUGAAUAUAGCCAGUGGUAUACCAAAAUUUAUCCCGUUGGAAGCAAUUCAACAGGAAGGAAAUCCGUAUGUACGAGAUGACACAAUGUUCAUCAAAAUUAUGGUUGAUUUCGAAGAAAUACCUAAAACAUUAUUACCCUACGCCUUGAGUCUCAAUCCAGGUCUACCAACACAUAUUCAACAAGCAAUGAUCAAGGAAGAAGCUAAGAGAAGAAUACAGUUGCGAUCUAACGACCAACUACAGAUACCUCAAGUAUGA